AUUUUUUUCCAUGAAUUAGUUUUUUUCUCCCUCUUCACACAACGAGGCUCUUUAAGCCCCGGCGCGCGACACAGAGGGGCAUUCAGAGCGCGAGCGAGGGGGCAGGAACCGACGGACGGACUCUCGCGCUGGGCGGGCGACCUGCUUUAGUGCAGUCUUUGUGACAGACACAUCUUCAUCCCGAGGAAGACAGCGAAUGGGUUCCCUUUGACAGAACCAGAAGCGAGUGAAAGAAGUGCAACAGUCCCAUCGGAGAACCGAAAUCUACUGAGAACCUUCCCGACACCCGAGAGCGCAGCGCGAGAGCAGCGAUGUCGGCGGAGGAACACAGUUUAUCUGAGGUGGAGAUGAGUCCCGGGGUGUCCGAAGACGGUCGCUCCAUGUCCCCCGGGCCCUCGUCGGGCGCUCCCGGAGGGGCGGACUCCCCGUUGUCCGGUCAGCCGUCUCAGAUGUCGGGCGAGGAGGCGGCGGGCGUCUCCGCGAGCGUCUCGGUGAAGUCGGACGAAGAAGACGACCGUUUCCCCAUCGGGAUCCGCGAGGCGGUCAGUCAGGUGCUGAACGGAUACGACUGGACCCUCGUGCCCAUGCCCGUGCGCGUGAACUCGGGCAGCAAGAACAAGCCGCACGUGAAGCGGCCGAUGAACGCGUUCAUGGUGUGGGCGCAGGCCGCGCGCCGGAAACUGGCGGAUCAAUAUCCGCACCUGCACAACGCCGAGCUCAGCAAGACGCUCGGCAAACUCUGGAGACUCCUGAACGAGUCGGAUAAGAGGCCUUUCAUUGAAGAGGCCGAGCGUUUGAGGAAACAGCAUAAGAAGGAUUAUCCCGAGUACAAAUAUCAGCCACGUCGACGCAAGAACGGCAAACUGGGAACCGGAUCUGAGGGCGACGGCCACUCCGAGGGCGAGGUCAGUCACAGCCAAUCACAUUACAAGAGUCUGCACCUGGAGGUGGCACACAGCGGGGCGGCGGGGUCACCGCUGGGCGACGGGCAUCACCCUCACUCUACAGGUCAGAAUCACAGCCCGCCGACACCCCCCACCACCCCUAAAACAGAACUGCAGGGGGGUAAAUCUGGGGAAGGGAAGCGUGAGGCCGGGGGAUCCAGGGGUGGUCUGGGGGUGGGAGCAGACGGAAGCUCCUCCUCUGCGUCGGGCAGCAGCAAACCUCACAUUGACUUUGGUAACGUGGACAUUGGUGAGAUCAGUCAUGACGUGAUGGCCAACAUGGAGCCGUUUGAUGUGAAUGAGUUUGACCAGUAUUUGCCCCCCAACGGUCACCCCGGCGUGGCACAGGUGACGGGAGGAGCGGGCUCGGGAUCCUCGGCCUCCCCGUAUUCGUACGGAAUCACGUCGGCCCUGGCGGCCGCCAGCGGGCACUCAGGCGCGUGGCUCUCCAAACAGCAGCUGUCGUCCCAGCAGCACCUGGGCUCAGAUGUGGGGAAGACUCAGAUCAAGAGCGAGGCUCAUUUCUCCAGCGAGGCGGCGUCUGCAGCCAGCGGAGCUCACGUCACCUACACGCCUCUCAGUCUGCCGCACUACAGCUCCGCCUUCCCCUCGCUGGCGACCAGAGCCCAGUUCGAUUACGCCGAGCACCAGGCGUCCGGCUCGUACUACGCUCACUCCGGUCAGACCUCCGGCCUUUACUCCGCCUUCUCUUACAUGGGCCCGUCCCAGAGGCCUCUGUACACAGCCAUCCCUGACCCCGGAUCAGUGCCGCAGUCACACAGCCCAACACACUGGGAGCAGCCUGUCUACACCACACUGUCACGACCGUGACACACACACAAACACACACACAACGGUUUCAGUCCUGUUUGAAUCCAGUAGCUGUUCGUGUGCUUCAUGAACAUCAUGAGAAAUAUUGGCCUGCACUACAAUCUACAGCAUUCUGAGGGGUGUGUGGACAUCUGCA